AGUGAAAGAGAAACUGAAGUGUAGUUGAGCUGUUGUGUGUUUGUGUCUCUGUAUUCAUGCAGUAAAAUGGCAGAAGCCAGAUUUUCUCAGGAUGAGUUGACAUGUCCAGUGUGUCUGGAUCUCCUGAAGGAUCCAGUGACCAUCCAGUGUGGACACAGUUACUGUAAGAGCUGUAUUACAGGCUGCUGGGAUCAGGAGGAUCAGAUGAGAGUCUACAGCUGCCCUCAGUGCAGACAGACCUUCAGUCCAAGACCUGCUUUAGGGAAAAACACCAUGCUGACUGAACUGGUGGAGACACUGAAGAAGACCAAACUUCCUGCUGACUGUUACGCUGGAGCUGGAGAUGUGCAGUGUGACGUCUGUACUGGAACAAAAUACAAAGCCAUCAAGUCCUGUCUGGUGUGUCAGGAAUCUUACUGUCAAAUUCAUUUUGACCAUCAUGAGGAAUUUCAUUCACGUAAGCCACACAAAGUGAUUGAUGCCACUGGACGACUGCAGGAGAUGAUCUGCCAGAAACAUCAGAAGCUCCUUAAGGUUUUCUGUCACACUGACCAGAAAUGUAUAUGUGUGCUGUGUGCGAUAGAUGAACAUAAAAACCAUGACACUGUAUCAGCUGCAGCACAGAGGACAGAGAAAAAGAAGCAGCUGAAGGAGACACAGAAGACGUUCCAGCAGAGAGAGAAAGAUCUUCAGCAGCUGAGAGAGGCUGUGGAGUCUCAUAAGCGCUCUGCACAGACAGCAGUGGAGGACAGUGAGAGGAUCUUUACUGAGCUCAUCCGCUCCAUUGAGAGAAGCCGCUCUGAGCUGAUACGGCUGAUCAGAGAUCAGGAAAAGCGAGCGGUGAGUCGAGCUGAAGGACGACUGGAGCGACUGGAGCAGGAGAUCAAUGAUCUGAGGAGGAGAGACACUGAGCUGGAGCAGCUUUCACACACACAGGAUCACAUCCAGUUCCUGCAGAGUUUCCAGUCUCUCUCAGCACCUCCUGAAUCUACAGACGAAAAUGAUGAUCCCUUCAGUUCUCUCUUCUCUUUUGAUGACCUGAGAGAAUCUGUCCAUCAGCUGAGAGACAAACUGGAGGAUUUCUGCAAAGAGGAGCUCAAAAAAAUCUCAGACAUAGUCACAUUCACCAACAUUGAUCUCUGGACCAGGAACGACUUCCUACAAUAUUCCCAUCAGCUCACUCUGGAUCUGAACACAGUGAAUAAACACCUCCGUCUGUCUGAGAGCAACAGAGAGAUUACUUACACUGGAACAGUCCAGUCGUAUCCUGAUCAUCCAGACAGAUUUCAUUAUUGGUGUCAGGUGUUGUGUAGAGAGAGUGUGUGUGGACGCUGUUACUGGGAGCUGGAGUGGAGUGCUGGUAUAUUAGGUGGUGUGGAUAUAGCAGUGUCAUAUAAGAGCAUCAGCAGAAAGGGAUUGGCUGAUGAAUGUGUGUUUGGACGUAAUGAUCAGUCCUGGAGUUUGUACUGCUCUCCCUCCAAAUACUCCUUUGGACACAGUAACAUAUGGACUGAUCUCCCUGUAAAGCCCAUCAGCAGUAGAAUAGGAGUGUUUGUGGAUCACAGUGCAGGAACUCUGUCCUUCUACAGCGUCUCUGACACAAUGAGCCUCAUCCACACAGUCCAGACCACAUUCACUCAGCCGCUCUAUCCUGGGUUUUUGGUUUCUAGAGGAUCAUCAGUGAACCUGUGUUAAUUAAUCAUAGUAGACUGAUGAGAGAUUUUACCCAUAAUGCUUUGAGCUGCAUGAUAAAUCAGUAACAGUGAGAUGUUAGAGUCUUUUCUCUCCAAAACAUUAAUACUGCAGCUGAACUUCUGUCAGUGAAAUAACAUGUCCAAAUGAAGUUUGAUAAACCGUCAUAAUGGGCCUGUUUACACCUGGUCACUUCAUGUGUUUUCUUUGAUCGGAUAGCUAUCCAGUCAUGAAAUAACCUUGUGUAAAGGUCCUCCGAAAUGCUUUCAAGACAGAUUUAAAUCCGAUCAGUCAAAACCACUUCAGGAUGUGGUCUGGAACAUAUUCCAGACUAAACUGGUGAAGUGUAAAUGUAUCUGGUUGUCAAAACCACAUGUGUAAUUUGUGUGUCAUGUGUGUUAUAGGUGCAGGUAACACUUUAGAUUACUGUUCGGUCAUUAAUGAAUAGCUAAACAGGCACUGUUAACAUUAUAGUAACUAUUGUUAACUAACAAGAAACUCUGAUUAGCGAAUCAGUAAGUAAUAGCACUCAGUUGAAAGUGGUAGUUCACUAUUAGCUAAUCAGUAACUACAAUUUUUUUCAUAUUUUCCAAAACAAAUACUAAGAAUUUAUAUACUACUAAACUAUACAGGUUACUAAUUAAUAGGAAUGACGCAAAAUGUGUAAUUAAUUCUAAAGUCAAGAUCACAGUAACCCAUUAGUAAUGACUUAAGUAAUGACUACUUAUUUGGAUUGGUAACACUUUGGAAUAACUUUUACUAAAUCAUUAACAAACAUUCUAUAAA